AUGGCCGCCUCCAAGGUUCCCAUCACACUCACAUAUCGGAAGCCUGGUACACAACCGCCUCUAUUCGUCGCUGGGACCUUCUCCAAUCCACAAUGGGAGGCGCAAGAGAUGCAGGUCACCACAGGGGACGACGGAGAGCAUACGUUCUCCAAACCCCUGCACCUUCCCCCCGGAUCCAAGAUUCAGUACAAAAUCCGCAUCGGUCCCGGAGAUUGGUGGGUUCUCAACGAUGACGCGCCGACGGUGACCGACGAGGCCGGAAACCGCAACAACGUAUUGAUUGCCCCAGAACGCGACGAGGCCCAUGCGGACGACGAGGCGCGGAACAACGACUCAAUCGACGAACGUUCCAAUACUUCACACGCGGGCGUAAACAUGAACGGCUCGACACACAGCGAGGUCCUUCCUGCGCCGAAACCUCGCGGCGUUGACAAGCUACGGGAGCGCAGCGAGGAGGAGCUCCAGCACCUCACAGCGACACCCCCCGAGGAGGUCGCGGAAACUGCCGCCGAAGUCGCUGACACGGCCGAAAAUCUGGAUGCUGAUAAGGACGGCAAGGACACGAAUGACAGGGAGAACUCUACUGUCUGUCUCAUUGACAGUUUCCCGGAUGAAGAGGAGGACCUCGAUGCUCAGAGCGAGCUUCCCCCCCUCUUUGCCCAUGAAUGCCUUGGCGGUUCCGACCCUGUGCCUGAAGUCGUCUCACCCCCUGUCCGACGCAGCAGCGAGGCGCGCAGCGGCAGUGUCGAUUACAAUAUCGACAAGUACGAUCUCAACGAUCCCACACUCGAAAGGUGGCCGUCGGACCGCAACGCCAUCAUGGACGCUGUGCGGCGCGUUGAGUCAUCGCGCGAUGAAGACCAGACCUAUGUCCUGGGCUCACCCAUCUCACCCAUCAUCACCUCGCGCCGCGCGAGCAAGAUUGAGGAAGACAUUGCUCUUUCACCCGAGUUCCCAAGUCUCGUCACCGCGGCCAAGCUUGACGUACCGACUAGAAAGCAGUCGCAUGGCUCUAUGGUGUCCAAUCGAUCUCUGACAUCUCUUGCUUCCAUUGUGGAAGAGGAUAACAGACGCAUCGAGGAAGAGGGGGAUGACGAGGAGGCCGUGGAGGAUCUUCGACCUUCGCCUGUGGUUCGCUUGCCCAGCCCUGCCGUCAAGGUGACCCCUGAUCUCCUGCGCUCUCCUGCUAGCGAUGACGACGAGGGUGUGGUCCUGAAGAGUUCUCGCUCCGAUCUCGACCUCAAGAGCGACACGAACACACCAGCUGCAGCGUUGGAGCUUCCAGAACAUGCGACUAGCGAGAGCCAACCCAGUCCACCCGUCCAACAGGACCAACCCAGCGCCCGCGCGCCCCCACCAGACGAGAUGGACGAGCUGGACGACGACGGAGCCGAUGGCAGCAUUGGACAGCGUGCCGCCCCGCAAGGAGAGGAUUCGGCGGAUGGCCAGCUGCGCAGGCGGAAUCUCAGCAACGACGGUUCUGUUGCGUCCAGCUCCGCUCAGGGCGCCAAGGAUGCCGACAGCAGCAACUGGCUCCAAGCCUUCUUCCGUGUGCUCUUUGUCGACUGGAUCGGGGGCUUUGUCCGCCAACUCUUCCACGGAAACCGCAAGUAG